UUCUUUGUAACUUGCCGCAGUUUGGCUGGGUCACGCUGCAAUCCAGCCGGAUGUUUUGCGUCGCCAGUAUGUGAUGGGAACAUUCGCUCAUUUUAUCACGAAGCUAACCUUGCUGCUCCAGCGGCGGCCCUGACCAGGCACCAAUGAGUCGAGCUUUGUGAGAGGGCAGCAGUCAGCCCAGUGUGCUGGAUGUCUGUGACAGAUCCAUGGGCCAGAAGGACCAUGUGGAGGCAGGAACGGGCCACCUUGACCUGGGUCUGGGUUUGGAGUAUCUCCACAUAGCGGGGGCCAACCGGCAGGCUGGCGGUGCUGACCUGCCCCCUGCUAUGGAGGAGCAGGGGGAGAGCUCCGGCAACAGCAGCACCGCCUCUUCCCCUCCACCGGCUGUGGUGGAUGAAAGUGCCGGGUCUGAUGCAGAGUGCGAGUUGUCUCCGUCUUCCAGCGCACCCCUCGCUGACCCAGAUGGAGGAGAAGGAGGGUUAACUCCCAGUAAGAACACCCACCAGCCGCUUUGUCGGACCCAGUGUGUGGACUUAGGCACUGAGGGUCCUCCUGAGCCCCUGCCGCCGCCUAAACCCCCAUCAGAACCCGAACACGAAAACCCUGCGCAGCCCUCACCCAGCUCCCCAUGUAAGCACUCACCCGAGCCUCCGUCCGAUCCUUCCUCUUCAAAGGCAGCGGCCGAGGCUGGCGGGAAGGAGUACCAGGCUAAGCUGGAGUUUGCCCUGAAGCUGGGCUACUUUGAGGAGACAGUGCGACUGGUGUUGUCCAAGCUUGGGCCUGACACCCUCAUCAAUGACAUAUUGGGAGAGCUGGUCAAACUGGGCACCAAGUCAGACAACGAGCAGCCGGCUGGAUCAUUAGCCUCUACUUCAUCUUCUUCAUCCUCCUCGUCCUCGUGUGCCUGUUCUGAUUUGCUGGACAGCCUGAGGUCGGACUCCCCCUGUCCGUCCGACUCUCUGUGUGACCAGGACAACCUGCGGCCAAUUGUGGUGGAUGGCAGUAAUGUAGCGAUGAGCCAUGGCAACAAGGAAGUGUUUUCCUGCCAGGGCAUCCAGCUGGCUGUAGACUGGUUCCUAGAGCGUGGUCAUCAUGACAUCACAGUGUUUGUGCCUGCGUGGAGGAAAGAGCAGUCCCGCCCUGACGCCCCUAUAACAGAUCAGGAGACCUUGCGUCGCCUAGAGAAGGAAAAGAUCCUGGUCUUCACGCCGUCACGACGUGUCCAAGGUCGACGCGUGGUUUGCUAUGACGACCGCUUCAUCGUCAAGCUGGCGUAUGAGUCAGACGGCAUCAUCGUCUCAAACGAUAACUACCGAGACCUGGCUAAUGAGAAGCCUGAGUGGAAGAAAUUCAUCGAUGAGCGGCUGCUCAUGUAUUCCUUUGUCAAUGACAAAUUCAUGCCCCCAGAUGACCCUCUUGGUCGUCAUGGCCCCAGCUUAGACAACUUCCUGAGGAAAAGACCUGUCAUGCCUGAGCAGAAGAAACAGCCUUGUCCAUAUGGAAAGAAGUGCACUUACGGCCACAAGUGUAAGUACUACCACCCAGAAAGAGGUGCUCAGCCUCAGCGUGCUGUGGCUGAUGAACUGCGUGCCAGUGCCAAGACCUGUGUCACCACGAGAAACCAGGGGGACACUGGGUUGGUGAAGAGCCACAGUGUGCCAGCUGGCAGCAUUGAGCUGCCGCCAUCUUGGCUGCUGACUGUUUUGACUGAUGGUUACGUCGACCAAUCGCAUGAAGUUUAG